GACAUCAAAGCGAGAACUACCGCUUAUUGAAAAGAAUGAAGAACAUCAAAGCGAAGAAGCGUAUUUGAAUGAAAACUUAGGCCGAUGCUUUAGCUGCCAGAUACAAUAUUUCUUAUAACAAUGCUUGCGAUCCUUUGUGUGCCAGAUACUUCAUAAAAUGUUCGGACGGCAUGGGUAAUAACGGAUGCAAAGGUGGUCUGGCUUUCAAAGCGUGUGAAUUAGUAAAGAAAAACAAAAAGAUGCCCGACGAAGAUUCCUUUAAGAAAAAUUGUGCGCUGAAAAAGAUGGAAAAUACUGUUUUUCUCAACGUUAUAAACUGUUGUACUCUUUCGAUGAAUGAUCAUUUCAAUAAUAUUACAAAAAAUCUUUGUGAAUUUGGUCCUAUGUCCGCUUUUAUCAGUGCCGGGCGACCAAGUUUUCAAUUUGCUAAAGAAGGUAUUUAUCACGAAGACGAUUGCGGCUGGCCACUGAAUCAUGAAGUUUUAUUGGUUGGUUAUAACGGAACUGACAAAAACCAUAGUUAUUGGAUAGUAAAAAAUUCGUUCGGCACUUCUUGGGGUGAUAAUGGUUUCCUUAAAAUUUCUACCAAGGCUAAUAAAGCCGGAUGUACUAUUAUCGGCGACGUGUCAUUCCCAGAACUCAAACCUGUUAUUGCAAAGCAUUUUGUUUAUUUAUAUUAUUAAUUAAUUCGCUCCUUUUACUGCACGGAACUUUAAUUAAUAAAAUUUGUAUAAAGAGUUAAUGAAAAAUACACACGUGAGACACAUUUCAGUC